UUGCAAGAAUCUCUGCGAUCCAGGGCAUUGACGGGAACUGUCAAGUGGUUUAACGAUGAGAAAGGUUUUGGGUUCAUCACACCUGAUGAUCAUAGCGUUGAUAGUUUUGUGAUUCAUUCUGCCAUUGUAGGAGACGGCUUUAAAACGCUUGUUGAGGGACAAAGGGUAUCUUACAACGUCGAGUUUGGCCAAAAGGGGCCCAUAGCGAAUAAUGUAGUCCCAAUAAGUACAGAGGAUCCAGGAGACGGAGAUUACCAGAAUACAAAGAAGAGAGGAACGCUUGAGGAUAUGCAGCACCCUACUGGUAGUGAAUUGUUAUUAAACAACUCUAAAUACAUAAAGGCCUACCAGAAGGCAAGGGAGGAGGGAACACGAGAGGUCUACCAUACUCGGAUCAUGAUCGUUGGCCAAUACGGGGUGGGGAAAACAAGUCUUAAGAAGCGUCUAUUAGACCAAGGUUAUGAUAAGGAGCACAUUCCGACAGAUGGCAUACAUGUGGACCCAUCGGCAUGUUAUAUCGAUAUCAGCAAUUCGGUCAUAUGGAAAACCAAAGCAAAGGGUUUCAAAUCAGCAAAGGAUACGGAUGACCCCAAAGAGAUACACGAUGGUGAAGUUGCUAAGAAGCUAUUGCAUGCUAUCAUGAUCCAGGGCAUUGCUCCCAACGACAAUGUGAGCUCUGGUGAUAUUGAUGAUAGCCAUACUACUCCGGAAGACAUACCUGAGAAUAUUAUAAGUAAAGUUGAAAGUUUAGCUGCUGUUAAAAAUCAGGAGGAAAAACAGCUAAAGCUAUCAUUCUGGGAUUUCGGUGGUCAGCAUGUAUUUUAUACAACGCAUCAAACAUUUUUGACGGACAGAGCCAUAUAUCUGUUAGUUGUGGACCUAACCAAGGAUCUCGAUGAGAAGGUUGAGACAUUCAGACAGUCACGUUCAGGCAAGAAACUUGAUGCCACUGCCCCUAAGACGGUCAAAGACUACUUAGACUACUGGUUAAACUCUAUACAUACUCAUACUGGAAAGUCAUCUUCUGAAACAGAAUCGCUGAGUCCCCCCGUCAUCAUAGUAGGAACACACAAAGAUAUCGUCAAUAUGACACACGAAACUGACCAGCAGAAUCUUGACGACUAUUUCCUCAAUCUAAACUUAAAUAUUCAGGAUAAGGUCUACUUUCCACAUGUCUGCAAAACAUAUUUUGCAGUCGACAAUCAAUCUGACGACGACUCCGAGUUGAAUGAACUCAAGGAGAAGAUCGUAGAGCUAGCAGAAGAGCAAAGAUUCUGGGGACAGGAAGUACCAAUUAAAUGGCUGCUUUUAGAGAAAAGGCUCAUUGAGUUCAAAGUGGGAACCGCUGACCAACAUCCAAGGCAUUUUCUUAAGUUUGAUGAAGUGGCAAAGAUUGGUUUUAAAGAGGGUUUGGAUGAAGAUUCUGUCCGGGCUUGUCUUGAAUUUUAUCAUUCAGUCGGAGACAUAAUCUACUUCAAUGAAAUCAAUCUCAACGAUCUAGUGAUCUUGGAUCCUCAGUGGCUCAUUGAUGUUUUCAAGAGUAUUAUAACAGUACCCAAGUUUCACAGAUUCGCGAAAGGACGAAAUACACUUGACAGCAACGUCUGGGAUAAACUGGAUAAAUAUGGUGUGCUUCAAGAGCAAUUCAUUGAAACCGUGUGGAAGAAACUUUACGCUGAUAUAGCGAUACAUAGUGACGUAAUGAUAGAACUCAUGCAACGUUUUGACUUAAUUUGUCCAUUUAGAAAUUGCGUGGAGAAUAUUCAUGAGAAACGGCAAUUCUUUGUGCCUUGUCUGCUUCCUAAAAGAGAGUCUAGUGACAUUGAUGUUAUGAAAAAUAAACCACUAGUUUGUGGCGCACUUUUCUUCAAAUUCUCAUUCCUCCCUAAAGGGCUUUUUCAUCGACUCGUUGCAAAAAUCUGUAACGCAAAUACAUGGUUUUUACAUGGCAAUGUAUUCUUUGAUUACGUUAAGUUUAAAAUUGCCGAUGGUUUUCAUGUGUUAACACUUCUAGCUGAAGACAAUCACAUAGAGAUACAACUCCAUCAAUUAUCAAAAGGGAUGACAAAUCAUGGGAAAAACGCUAUGUGUACCAGAAUCCGUGAGGACGUCGAGGCAAAUCUGAAGUCUACCAUUAAGAACUAUUGUCCCAAUGUCAGAUUUGAGGUUUCUGUCAGAUGCAGAUGUCAGGAUGUACCAGAAGAGGCGCAGAUGUUAGUACCAAUUUUAGAGAAAGAUAUUAACCUUGGUCAGAAGCUUUGUGAAUUUCACCCGGAUCUAAUAGAAUUGCAUCGUCAUAAACUAUGGUACAACAUUGAACAAUUGGUGGAACAAACCCAGGGUGAACUGAGUGAUAUCGAGCUCCUUGACAUUGGCAUGAAAUUGGGGUAUGAUAUUGAAGAGGUUGCCAUUCGACUUGGUAUGAGCCAACACCAGGUACAAACCAUGAAACUGAGUAACCAACAAAAUGCCAAAACCUGGGGUUUAAACAUACUCGUAAGCUGGAGAAACGAACAGGAUAGAGGUGUGGACAAGAGAAAGGCAUUGGCCGAUGCUCUCAGAAGGUCAAAAAGAGCUGAUCUAGCUGACCAAGUAUUGAGAAGCCAACAGAAUUAAGGAAGUUUGAUAUUAAUUACUUUUUGGAGUCAUUACCUGACCUGGACCAGAAUAUAUGAUAUUCGUAGCUUUGCAACAUCAAGUCGACUAUAAGAUGUUUGGAUUUUCGAGUUUUGUCGUCGCCCUUAGUCCCUCUUUAAUCCAAUACUUUAUAAUAGGUCUCUUCAAGGGAUGUAGAGGCUUAUGAACCAAGAAAAUUACGUAAUUUGUAUACGACAAUAUGUGCGAAAUCAAUGCCAGAUGAUUUUAGUGGAUAUAAUUUGUAUAUACCUAAUAUGUAAAAAAGUCAAAGCAUCGAAUAUGACUUUUGAUAUAAAGCCUAUGAUUUGAUAUUCUAUAUGGUUUGUUUUCUAAAUGAAACAGUACGUAAUAUAUCAAAUAUUAUUUACAAUUUAGAAUCAUGUGACGGAUGGGGACUCACUGAAAUUCCAUACAGGGUGGACAAAAAACGUCCAUAUACUUAUUGUUUCGAUAUAGCUUUUAUCUUUUAAAUGCAUGUAUUUCAUUGAAGAUUGGGACAAAUAAAUCUUCAAGGAGUCGCAUUGCUUGGAAAAUUUAUUAGAAAGAUCAAAGGUCGACGCAUGGAAUCAAACAAUUUAUAUUGUAUGUCCUUGGUGGAAUAUGUCGACUUUAGUGAAUAUAGAUAUGUCAUCAUUUGUCAAUUUUUGGAGGUUCAUAGAAGGUCAAUAAAUGAGUUUCUCACAUAUUUUAUAGCUAAUUAGAAUGAAGAUAAGAGAAUUGC